AUGAUUAAGGAGGAGUUGCCCCUUUUUCGAGCGAAGUUACCAGGCCUUUAUACGGGUGGCGGCACAGGGCCAGGAGUUGGACCAGGAUCCUAUAAUUUAACUUCCAAUUUGUCCAAACCCAUUCAUGGUGAGGCUCCGUUUGGCAUCACGAGCGAAAGGUUUUAUUCGCAUCAUGGUACUGCCGUACCUGGCGUUGGAACCUAUGAUAUAAUUACGAAUGAUUACCGACGUGGUGACAUCACUGUUGUUCCGUUUUUUUCUUCAUUGGAUCGUUUUUUUUGUCCGAGAGCUGAUGAGGUUCCUGGCCCAGGGGCGUAUCCUCAUGAUGGAAAUAAGUGGGGUCGGUGUGGAAGGUCCCAUGCCAUGGGAGCAGCUUGUUCCAAAGGAGCUGAAAACUCAUUUUCUAUCGGUCCAGGCUCAUAUGACCCAAAUUAUGGUUCGGGUCGUCGGGCAAAUUCAAGAGCUGCUCAUUUUGGUGGUUAUAGUGGUCGUGAUGCUCCUCGGUUUAAUGAUAUACCAGGACCGGGUCAUUAUGAUAUUGCAGCUCCAGAUAAUUCUCUUUAUAAUAAUAAGCCCAGUUCAAUGUUUUCGACAAAAACUUUGCGUUCAACAUUUGGAGGUGACAGCGUGAAUCCAGGACCUGGAAGUUAUAAUUUACCUUCCUAUUUUCAAUCUUUAGAUGAAUAUCGCGUUGCAAAUCCGGAAUCCUUUUCGGCUUUUGGUUCUUCGGCGCCACUUCAUGCGCCAGGACCCACUGAUUCACCUGGUCCCGGUGCUUAUACAGGAGAUAUUGCGCCGCGUCGUCCAAAAGCGCCUCCUAAAACAAAAAAAGCAUGUACAUUUGGUUCCGGAACAGGCCGAAAUAGAAUGCCGCCUGGGACAAACAUCGGCCCUGGAGCAUAUGAGCCCACUAAGCCCAAUAAACUGCAAAAAUACCAAUUGGCCUCUGUACCUUUUCGCUCCCAAUCCCCAAGAUUUCCUUCUUCAAAAUCUACUGAAGUCGAAGGGAUUUUUGAACCUCGUCGUCCUGUUGUACGUGUACCACUUCGUAUUCAUCCACCUCGACCGCGGGAUAGUGCCAUUAACGUUGCAGCAAAAAUGAGCUCUAGAAAAGUUCCUUUAGAUCCCGUUUAUAAUGUAAAUUAUGAUUGGCCGAAACCUACGUGUACAAGCGGCUCGUAUUUUGGUACUGCCCCUCGUUUUGAGAAGAAAGAUUCUAAAACCUCCAUUCCUGGUCCUGGACAGUAUGAUAUUUCUGAAAAACCCUCAUUGGGCGGGGGAGGAUCAUUGAAUGGUACAUGGGGAACAGAUGGAAGGUUUACUUCUGGCAACGAGGUCGGCAAUCCUGGUCCAGGACACUACCGGUACGAGAGUACCUUUUACAAAAAAAGCUUUAACUCCACCAUUGGUUCCUCAGAAAAAAUGUAA